AACUCUCACAAUAUUCUAGUUACGUUAGAUCACCAUUAUUAUCAUAAUUUUACUUUUGAGUUGGCUGUGGCUACCCCAAACUUUGAAAGCAUCAACUGAAAAAAAAAGGCGAACUAUGAAUCAUAGUUUGAUCUGAGCUGCUACCACAUUUCUUUUCAAGUUAACUCUACAACAAUACUUCAUGACUGUUAAGGACAAUAACCUAGAGUCAUUACUAGAAUGGAUUAACAAUACCCAAGAUGUUCAUUUAAAACCAUCUUCUCAUUCUUAUAUAUCUCCCAAGAUUGAAGUUAAAGAUUAUGGUGACAAUGGUGGUAGAGGUAUAAAUUCAAUUCAAAAGAUAAAUCGAUCAGAAACCAUUCUAAGAAUCCCUCCUUCAUUCCUACUUAAUACUAAUACUGUCAUAGCUCAUAUACUGAAACAUAAUGAUUCUAUAACUUUAACGGAACCUUAUUAUCUAAGUCUUUAUACUCCUUACAAUAAUCCAUCUGAUAAAAUCACUAAAUUUUAUAGCUUAUUAUCAUUACCAGAAUUAUUAGAAUUAACAUCAUUUCAAUUGUUAUCAUUAUAUAUCACAUUAGAAAAGAAACGUCAAUCCAACUCAUUCUGGAAACCAUUUAUCAAUAUGUUGCCGGAUAUUUCUGAUUUCACUUUAACUCCUUUAGUAUGGCAAGUUUGUAAAGUACCAAAUUAUGAACAAUUAUUAAAACUUUUAACAAAGUCAACCAAAGAUCAUGCUGAUAAAGUUUAUCAACGGUUUAUUAAUGAUUAUGAUAUCAUCAAACAAUUGGUGAUUUCAAAGUUAGGUGAAGAUGAAGUAGAUGAGUAUAUCCCCAUCGAAUCAGUGUUAUGGUCAUGGUUAUGUAUAAAUUCUCGUUGUCUUUAUAUGACGUUGCCCCAAAGUAAAACCACAGCUGACAAUUUCACCUUAGCUCCUUAUGUUGAUUUCCUAAAUCACUCUUGUGAAGAUCAAUGUAGUAUCAAAGCAGAUGGAUUAGGUUUUCAAGUCAUAACUACUUCUUCAUAUGAUAUCGAUCAACAAUUGUUCUUAAGUUAUGGACCUCACGCCAAUGAUUUCUUAUUAUGUGAAUAUGGUUUCAUCUUGCCUAAAGAUAAUAAGUGGAAUGAUGUUAAUAUAUCUCAUUAUUUAUUGCCGUUAUUCAGCUCAGCUCAAAUUGAGUUUUUAAAGGAAAAUGAUUAUUAUGAUAAUUAUACUUUAACAUCAACUGGUAUAUCAUUUAGAACUGAAGUUGCAUUAGCUAUUUUACAAGAACCAAAUCCAGCAGAAUCAAGGAAAUUAUCGGCUCUUAUAAAUGGGAUCAGUGAUGGUUCAGUUUAUAAAUCUCAUUCAGAUGCAUUACUCACAGAGAUUCUUGAAAAGAUAAUUCAUAAAUGUAAGAAUCAAACUUAUUUGGAAUAUGCCGAUGAUUUGGAUUUACCUACGAGAGCUAGAAAAAGAACGAUCGGUAUAUUAUAUAGAAACAUCCUAGAUAUUUGUAAAUAUGUAAAAGAAAAUUUAUAGAACCAUGGUUUAUAU